CUCUCUCUCCCCAUCGUCUUCUCUUCCUAUUCUCUCUUAUUUAUAUAUUCUAGAUUAGAUAUCUGAUGAUAUUCCAAAUUGGUGCAAGCAAACUAAUCGUCGCGUAUGAUACUUGACCCCUCAUUUCUGUCUCCUACCUAUUCCGAUUUCUUCGUAGCAUUGCUUAUAGCACACUGCACAAUCAUCUUCAAUAUUACUAUUUCUUCACUCAUACAAGUUACAACUACAUAAUAGCAACACCUUCCAUCUAUAUAUAUAACUUCAUAUUACAUUCUCCACAAACAUACACCAUUAUUCUCCCAUUCUUUUUUCUUCUAUAGAAUCAUAUAUACUUGCAAUUAUGAGAGUUGAUGUAUCCGUUAGUGUGAUUGUUCGAGAAUUCGAAGUUAAUAAAGACAAAGAAAGAGUAGAAGCAGUUGAAAGGACAUGUGAAGUUGGACCUAGUAACCAACUUUCUCUCUUCACCGACAUGCUUGGUGACCCCAUUUGCAGGGUCCGCCACUCACCUUCUUACCUCAUGCUGGUGGCUGAAAUUGAUAAAGAAAUAGUUGGAAUGAUAAGAGGAUGCAUAAAAACAGUCACAUGCGGUAAAAACCUCUCAAGAUCGAAAACAUCUGUCACUAAACACAUCCCAAUUUACACCAAACUCGCUUACAUUUUAGGCCUUCGUGUUUCUCCUAAUCAACGUAGAAUGGGAAUAGGGUUGAAGCUAGUGAAAAAAAUGGAGGCAUGGUUUAAAGAUAACGGCGCUGAAUAUUCAUAUAUGGCAACGGAAACCGAAAAUUUAGCGUCCGUUAAACUCUUCACUGAAAAAUGCGGUUAUACAAAGUUCCGUACACCGUCAAUUCUCGUCAACCCCGUUUACGCUCACAGAACAAAAAUUUCUAGAAAAGUCACCAUCAUUCCGUUAACUCCUUCUGACGCCGUUAUUUUCUACCGUAACCGUUUCUCUACCACAGAGUUUUUCCCUAAUGACAUUGAUGCUGUCGUUAAUAACAAACUUAGUUUAGGUACUUUUCUUGCCGUACCAAGUGGGUCCUACAGUGUCAAAACAUGGCCUGGCCCAGAUAGGUUUCUCUUGGGCCCACCUUGUUCUUGGGCUAUUUUAAGUGUUUGGAAUUCUAAAGAGGUUUUUAAGCUCGAGGUACGUGGCGCGUCGCGCGUUAAACGUGGCCUUGCUAAAACGACACGUAUUUUGGACCGGGCAUUGCCGUGGUUGAAGGUGCCAUCGGUUCCGGAUUUGUUUCGGCCUUUUGGGUUUCAUUUUUUGUAUGGGCUUGGGGGUGAAGGCCCAAAGAAGUUGAAGAUGGUUAAGGCUCUUUGUGAGUUUGCACAUAAUUUGGCUAUGGAAUGUGGGUGUGGGGUUGUGGCUACUGAGGUUGCUUCAUGUGAACCAUUAAGGUUUGGUAUACCUCAUUGGAAAAUGCUAUCUUGUGCCAAUGAUUUAUGGUGUAUUAAGAGGCUUGUUGAUGAUUAUAGUGAUGGUUCUAUCGGUGAUUGGACUAAGUCUAUGCCAGGGAUCUCCAUUUUUGUGGAUCCUAGAGAGAUUUAAGAUGCCGUCGUUGCAGUUACACUGUGAACUUUUACCUUAUAUUGAAAUAUGACAGUCGAAAUUGCAUUUGUAAUAUCGUUGUGUAAACCUCAAAAUCUUUUAUAUCGUGGUUACAAUUACGAUUACAGUUGCAAACUGCAAUUUAAAA